AUGGUGAGAGUCUUGACGCUUGGGGCUGUGGCCGCUCUGGCGGUGGCCACCCAAGCUGCCGACUGCACACCCGUAUACAAAAACCCCAACGCGACCGUGGACGACAGGGUCUCGGACUUGCUCAAGCGGAUGAGUGUCGAGGAGAAGGCUGCCCAGCUGAUUCAAGGCGAUAUCCGCGACUAUCUCGACGUUGACAACGACGGCGACUUUAAUCAGACGGGCCUGGAGUGGGUCAUGUCGACUCGCGCCCACGCAAUCUGGACUGGCCUGUACAUCAUGCCCGAGGAGCUGAAGAAUGGUGCCAAGAUUGCCCAGGACUAUGCCGUCAACGAGACGGAACAUGGAAUUCCGACUUACAUCCAGGGCGAGGGUCUCCACGGUUUCCUCGCCGUCAACGCCACCAUCUUCAACUCUGCCAUCGGCAUUGGCUGCUCGUUCAAUCCAGAGCUUGUCGAAAAGAUGGCAAGGGCCAUUGCUACCGAGGCCAAGUCACUUGGCGUAAACCAACUCUUCGCCCCUGUCGUUGACUUGGCCCGCGAGCAGCGAUUCGGCCGUGUCGAGGAGACCUUUGGCGAAGACGCCUUCCUUGCUGGAGAGCUCGGCUACGCGUACACAAAGGGUCUCCAGGAUGAAGGCGUCUGCGCUCAGGUCAAGCAUUUCGCUGCUUUCGGUACACCUGAACAGGGUAUCAACACCGCCCCCGUCCGUGGCGGCGAGAGAGAGCUGCGCAGUCUAUACUUGCCGCCUCUCAAGCGCGCCAUCAUGGACGGCGGCACCUGGUCCAUCAUGUCAUCGUACAACUCGUACGAUGGUAUCCCCACCGUUGCUGACCAUCACCUGCUGACGGAGAUACUGCGUGACGAGUGGGGGUACGAAUACUACGUUAUCUCGGAUGCUGGCGGCACCGCUCGCCUGAUCGAACCUUUCAAGAUCUGCGCCGAGGGCGACGAUGAGUGCGUGACUAUGCAGGCGUUGCCCGCCGGGAACGACGUGGAGAUGGGUGGCGGCCGGUACAGCUUCGAGACAAUCCCUGACCUGAUUGAGUCUGGCGAGCUCGACAUGGAGAUCCUCGACCUUGCCGUCUCGCGCGUAUUGCGGUCCAAGUUCGCGCAAGGGUUGUUCGAGAACCCAUGGACAGGUGUUUCCGAUGAUGCCAUCUACGACUAUCUCAACACGGACGAACACAAGGAGCUCGCCCAGCAACUAGACGCGGAGAGCAUCGUCGUCCUGGAGAACCACGACAAUGUCUUGCCACUGAAGAAGGACGCCAAUGUGGCGGUGAUCGGCCCCAUGGCACACGGCUAUGUCAAUUACGGUGACUAUGUCAUCUACAAAUCGCAGUAUAGGGGUGUCACUCCCUUCGACGGCAUCGAGGCGGCCAGUGAGGGGACUGUCACCUUUACGCAAGGCUGUGAGCGUUGGUCCAACGAUGACUCUGGCUUCGAUGAAGCCAUCGCCGCUGCCGAGGAUGCCGAUGUCGCCGUGGUCGUCGUCGGUACGUGGUCUCGCGACCAGAACGAGCUCUGGCAGGGUCUGAACGCCACGACGGGCGAGUCCGUCGAUGUGCACAGCCUGAACCUUGUCGGUGCCAUGCCGCGUCUCGUCAAGGCCAUCAUCGACACUGGAAAACCCACGGUUGUCGUCUACAGCUCUGGCAAGCCCAUCACCGAGCCUUGGAUCUCAGAUGAGGCCGCGGCCCUGGUGCAACAGUUCUACCAGUCCGAGAUGGGCGGCCACGCGUUGGCGAGCAUCCUAUACGGCGACGUCAAUCCGUCGGGCAAGCUCUCCAUCAGCUUCGCGCACGACGUUGGCGCUCUGCCCAUCCACUAUGACCAUCUCAACUCGGCACGGACCUGGCCAAACCCGGGUAAGGUCUAUGAGAAUGGCACCAUUGAAUGGGGCAGGAACUAUGUCCUGCUCGACCCAACCGCACUCUACACGUUCGGAUACGGCCAGUCGUACAGCACCUUUGAGUUUGACAACAUCAAGGCAUCGUCGGAGACCGCGUCCGCUGAUGACACGAUCACGGUAUCUGUCGACGUGAGCAACACAUCCAAGCGCGACGGCGCCGAGGUCGUCCAGCUCUACGUCAGAGAUGUCCUGGCCAGCAUCGAUGUGCCUCGCUACAGCCUCAAGGGCUUCAAGAAGGUCAACAUCAAGGCCGGUGAGACGGAGACUGUCGAGAUUGAUCUCAAAGUCCAGGACUGGGGUUUGUGGAACCGCAAGAUGGAGUACGUUGUCGAAAAGGGCGAUUUUGAAAUUCUCUCCAUCGAAUACGCAGGUGUCCGGCGUUCCAUCAUACAUCGAAAUCCCCCCCUCGUCGACCAAGAUGGCUACGAAGUCGAUAGCGCAGACGACGACGAUCGAAUUGAAGAAGCGAUGGCUUCCGCUGCCGAGCUCGACCCGUAUUCGGAUGUGCGAAUCGAGAACAUCCUGGCGCCUUUAACCUCGGCGUCCGACCUUGCCGUUCACCCGACACUUUCGAAACCCUUUGUCGCGCAAACGUUGACCCACCUAGCCGAGCAAAGCAGCACUCUGAUGCGCAGAGAAAACAGAUCGCUGUGGCAGGUACGUCACUUGUGGACGGCCUUGCUAGGCGAUCGCAUAUGGGCCCCUUGCGAGGUCAUGAUAGGGCCGGAUGAUGUCGAAUUAUACAAUAAGGAUCAUGUGGCGCAGCAAUUACUCGGCUUGUCCAAGACUCGACCCAAUGGCACAGGCAAUGCUACGGGCAGCCAUAAAGGCAAAGGGAAGGACCUUGCGCCUGGAGAUGGAUCUGCGGCAUACGAUCCGGCAGCAACCUAUGCGGACACGUCAAUGACUGAUGCGGGUGACAACUCCGAGGUCAGACUUGCCGGGAGCGACAAACCACGAGGCGAAAUCGACGGCGAUCAUUCUCAGUCGACCAAUCAGCGUCUUUCCAAUGGCAGUGCAGAAGCGCCUCGUCGUGCCCACGAAGAAACAAGCCAAACGAACCCCGAUGCAGAGCCUAGUGAGGAGCAAGGUGCGCCUGACAUGUCGUCCUACAUACAUCCCAUCUUCGCCUCCCCGGAAGGGGUGCAAUCAGACCGCGAUCUGGGUGUGCCUCAAGAUGAAGCGGACAACCUUCGACGGCUCCUAGCGAUGUUUGUGCAGAAACAGGAAGAGGUGUGUCGCGGUGCACAGAGAUUACAUGAUGGCCUUACCCGGGCGCAUCGUCUCCGCAAAGACGUCCUCCACUGGUCCAAGGCAGAGGCUCACUGCGGGCCGAAUAGGGACAUGUCAGAUGGCGAGGACUGGUACGACAAAGAGGAAUGGGGCUUGACGGAGGAUCUCAAGAAGGGGCAGGACGAUGAGGAAGAGGACACAACAACAACAGCGAAGAAGACAAGGGCGCGCAGGCAAUAG